UUCCUUCUCUCUAAGUAUAUAAAUGAAAGUGAUUGAAGUGCACCCUUCCAAUGGCUACUAUGAGGUCUUAUUCAUUCCUAAUCACUUUUCUGUUUCUCUUCUCAAGCUUUCUCAAUGAUUUCUAUGCUGCUACAGCUGCAGAGAAGAAGGUUUAUAUGGUAUAUAUGGGUGAAUUAUCAAAGGCUGAGGAUGAGUUCAACACAGAGUCUGUCCAUUUGGGCAUCUUAGAUCAAGUUCUUGACUCAAGCUCAGCAAGAGAAUCUUUGGUUUACAGCUACAGAAAGAGUUUUAAUGGGUUUGCAGCUAAGCUCACAGAGAAAGAGCACAAGAAGCUCAGAGGCAUGGAAGGUGUGGUCUCUGUCUUUCCAAGUAAAACCCUGCAACUUGACACAACAAGGUCAUGGGAUUUCUUGGGUCUACCAACUACUGUAAAGAGAAUGCCUACUGUUGAGAGUGAUGUCAUUAUUGGAAUGAUUGAUACUGGAAUCUGGCCUGAAUCUGAGAGCUUCAGUGAUAAUGGGAUUAGACCUCCUCCAAGCAAAUGGAAGGGUAUUUGCCAAAACUUCACCUGUAACAACAAGAUUGUUGGAGCAAGGUUUUACAACGCCAGACAAAUAUAUAACGAAGAGGAAGAACAGUCUCCUCGGGAUUUUGAGGGGCAUGGAAGUCAUACUGCUUCUACAGUAGCAGGUUGUGAAGUUAAAAAUACAAGCCUUUAUGGUCUUGCUGAAGGGACAGUAAGAGGAGCUGUUCCCUCUGCAAGGAUUGCUGUAUACAAAGUCUGUUGGAGUUUUGGGUGUGCUGACCAUGAUAUCUUGGCUGCAUUUGAUGAUGCAAUUGAAGACGGUGUUGAUGUCCUAUCGGUUUCUCUUGGGUCUCCAUUCAUUACAAGUUUCGCAGAAGAUGUUGUUUCAAUAGGAUCAUUUCAUGCAAUGAAGAAAGGGAUCCUUACCUCUGCUUCUGCAGGAAACAGAGGACCAGCAAGUGCAACUAUUACAAAUUUUGCACCUUGGGUGUUAACUGUAGCAGCAAGCACCACUGAUCGUCGGAUCAUAAGCAAUGUCACAACAGGAAAUAAAAUUACUAUGAUGGGACAUGCUGUAAAUACUUUCCCAACCCAGGAAAAGUACCACCCCAUCAUAUCUGCAGUUAAAGCUGCAAGAAACCAUAGCACUGGAUCUGCAAGGAAUUGUCUUCCUAACAGUUUGGACAAAGAUUUAGUGAAAGGGAAGAUUGUCUACUGUGAUACAUACUCCAGUGGUGGAGGACCAUUCGUUGCUAAUGCUCUGGGAAUGGUGGUUCUAGACGAUGCUGGAUAUGAUGAUACAGCCUUUUCUUAUCCUCUACCAGCAGCGGCUCUUACCAUUGCUGAAGGCAGAGAAUUUGAGCAAUAUAUGAAGAGUACCAGGAAACCUGUGGCCAAGAUCUACAAAAGUCAAGCUAUUCAUGACCCUAAAGCUCCUUAUGUGGCUUCAUUUUCUUCAAGAGGAGGGGGAUCCAGCAGAUUUUCACCAAACAUACUCAAGCCAGACUUAAGUGCUCCAGGAGUAGACAUCUUAGCUGCAUGGUCUCCAAAAGGCGGAGUCUCAAAUUAUGAAGAUGACAAGCGCUCUGUAAUGUACAACAUUAUAUCUGGAACAUCCAUGUCUUGCCCCCAUGCAACCGGUGCUGCUGCCUAUGUCAAAACAUUUCAUCCAUCAUGGUCCCCUGCGGCAAUUAAAUCUGCUCUAAUGACAACAGCUUCUCCCAUGAAUAGUUCUUACAAUGAAGAGGCUGAAUUGGCUUAUGGUGCUGGUCAUAUUUAUCCAUUAAAGGCUAUAAAUCCUGGUCUUGUGUAUGAUCUCCAGAAGAGUGAGUACAUACAAUAUUUGUGCAGCAUGGGAUAUGAUCCAAAAGAGAUUAAAAUCAUCACCGGAGAAGAUAUCACUUGUGCUAAGGUUAAACAAUUUGAAUCUGGUCUUAACUACCCUUCCUUCGGUGCUGGAGUAGAUUCUGGAGCAUCCUUCGCACAUUAUUUCCCAAGGACAGUUACAAACGUUGGCAUACCUAAUUCCACAUACAAGGCGACCGUUGGCAAGCAACCACUACUAAACAUCACUGUUGAUCCUGAUGUUUUAUCUUUCAAGUCUUUGAAUGAGAAGCAGCAGUUCACUGUCAAUGUUAGUGGAGAAGCAAUUGAUCAAGAUGUUUUGGUUGUCUCUACUUGGCUAUUGUGGUCUGAUGGCAUACAUAAUGUAAGAAGUCCCAUUGUGUUUUGGGUAAAAUGAGACUAUCAGUUCAAAAAAUUCUCUUCUGAGAUAAUGCAUGAUUUGCAUAUUUAUUCAAAA